CAUUCAGUGCGAGCAACAGAAGUCCAAUGAAUUCCACUAAUUUAGACUCUUUUACUGAUCUGCACAGCUCUGUUCAUGAUGGGCAGGAUAGCGAUGAUUGUGUUAGUGAUGAAAAUUACGAUGAUGAUAUCUUGUUCUCUGAUACCCCUUGCUUUUCUUUCAAUAAACUGUUUGAAAAUACUCAAACUACAAAAACUGAAAAUACAGACUCCAUUCCCAAUUCCGUAAGAAAAGCCAACGACCGAUGGAAUCAAGUCUAUAUGGACACGAACAUACAUCAUAAAGCUUCUAAGGUUCGUUUUGCUGCUGAUGAGAAGUUAGAAACCAAGCACCUUAUGCUUGCAUGGAGCUAUGCCUACCAAGCUGCCCGUAAAGGUGAAUGGGUACAAAUUCAUAUUGAUUCAGAGAGGUUUCGAUGUCGGAUAGAAAACACUGAGCAAGUGUUGAAACCAAUUUUAGAUCCUUCUCACAGACUGAAGAUCUUGGCUCUUCGGAAGAAAUAUGAACAUUACUAAAUGCAUCUAGUAAAGAAUUUGCCUAAC